GCCCCCUUGUGGGAAGAGUUGUUUGUGUUUUGAGUUUCGUGCAUUUUGUCCACGUAUAGAUUCCGUAGUUCAGUGAUUCUCCUAACAGUCUCACAGCAAGUCGAUCUCCAGUGUGUUAAAGUCUGUAAAUCAUUAUUUUGGUUCCCAAAAAGAUCUGUCUUUUUACAGUCCUUCCAGUAAACACACCAACUGAACAAGAAGCUUCCUGGUUCUUUAUUGGAGAUUGUUAGCUAUCUGUAAAGCUAGUUCACACACACUAGUGAAGGCAGAAUAGUAAAAAGACAGAUGGAAGUUCAAUCAAAAGUCAAUACAGAAGACAACACUGCUGCCCCAGACCACCAAAGUACAGUUAGCAACGUUGGUGACCUGUGGGAAACGAGAUCGAAUUGUUCUAACAUCUCACGAUCCAGUCAGCGGUCGCGGGCCAGUCAAAGGUCCAACGCAAGCAUUUUGGCAGCAAAAGCACGCGCUAAAGCAGCUGCCGCUCAAGCACAGGCAUCAUACGCUGAAAAAGAAGCAGAGGUGAUAAAAGAACAAGCCCACAUCGAAGCUGAAGCUGCAAAAAAGAAAGCAGAGCUCACCGCUGAUCUCCUCAAACUACGUUUACAGAGUGCAGCUGCAGCCGCCGACGCCGAAGCAAAGGUCCUGGAAGCAGCGGCCGAGGAUGAAGAUGGAUAUACCUUGUUUCCAAAAAACAGCGACAACGUCACCCAGCCUAUAACAGUUCCACCUGUGCCGACUAAUACCCGCAUUGCCUCCGCACAAGCUAGCACAUUAGUGCUUCCAGCAGCUCAGCAAGAAAAAUACAGUGGUGAUUUUGUCCAAAAUAAAGUCAAAGAGCACAGCAUACAAAACAGUGAGAUUAGUGAAUAUGGAUUUCAAGAGCUACCUGAGGCACAUCCCUCGCAGUAUGGCAACACUAGCGGAGCAGAUCGUUCUUAUGCCCAAAGCUCAUUCAAAAAUGCCUUUUUCACUUCUCACUCACAGUAUCCAACCCCAGUUACUACUGAUCAUAGAUAUCAGCCACGCUCUAUGAAUGAGUCUGCCCCUUUCCAGCCCAAGCUAUCGUCUCCAUGCCCUGUUGUCAAUGCAAACGAGUCCAAUUCCCCAGCCACAUCAGACUUAGCCAAAUAUUUGGUUCGCAGAGAGUUGGUUAGCUCAGGGCUCCUGACGUUUGAUGAUAAGCCUGAAAAUUAUUGGGCCUGGAAGGCAUCUUUUGUGAACGCUAUAGUAGGUCUCUAUUUAUCCCCAAGAGAGGAGUUGGAUCUCCUCUGCAAAUGGCUAGGCCCCAAAUCAUCAGAGCAAGCGAAACGAUUAAGAGCUGUACACACCUAUGAUGCCACCGCUGGUGUCAAAAUGGUAUGGCAAAGAUUGGAGGACAGCUACGGGUCCCCUGAAGCAAUAGAGAAUGCUCUCUUGAAAAAGUUAGAAGAUUUUCCAAAAAUCGCAAACAGAGAAAAUCACAAGUUAAGGGAGCUAGGUGAUCUCAUCUCAGAGCUUGAUGCUGCCCGUGUAGAUGGUCUCCUACCCGGCCUAAGUUACCUAGAUACGUCCCGGGGCAUCACUCCUAUUGUUCAAAAACUCCCAUUCCACCUCCAAGAGAAAUGGAUUACUUCAGCAUCCUACUACAAAGAACAACACCAUGCGUCAUACCCGCCAUUCCCUUUUUUCGUGAAGUUUGUGUGCGACAAAGCUAAAACCCUCAAUGACCCAAGCUUUGCCCCUUUACUUUCUACCAACCCAAGUGUUUAUAGACCUGAAAGACUGAACAAGCCCAAUUUCAAAACUGCAGUAUCUGUUCGAAAAACUGAAAUAACUGCUGCAAAAGGCUAUCGUGAAUCCUGUGAGCAAAAGGCGGUUGACCCAGAUAAACUGUGCCCGCUUCACAACAAACCACACUCUCUCCGCAAGUGUCGUGGUUUCAGAGCAAAGACCUUGGAUGAAAGAAAAGCUAUUCUCAAGGAAAAUAACAUUUGCUACAAGUGCUGUUCCUCCAUCAACCACAUGGCGAAAGACUGUAACACAAGUGUACAUUGCAUUGAGUGUAAAAGCGACCACCACAUAACCGCGCUGCACCCUGGACCAGCACCAUGGAAAACAGAAACUCCAGGCUCUGCAAACCCAGACGGGCAUGGCGGGGAGCAGCCAGAAAGUCCUAUCCAAGCCAUUGUGUCUAAAUGUACAGAGAUCUGUGGCAAAGGUAACAGCUCACGCUCAUGCUCCAAGAUCUGUUUAGUAAACAUUUAUCCUGCUGGACACAAAGAAAAAGCAGUGAAAGUUUAUGUUGUGUUAGACGAGCAAAGCAAUAGGUCUUUAGCAAAGACAGAAUUCUUUAAGAUCUUUAACGUCAAUUCAGGGACCAAAGUUUACACCUUGAAAACCUGCUCAGGUGUGGGAGAAACAAGGGCACGCCAAGCUGACGGCUUCAUAGUAGAGUCUCUUGAUGGCAACGUUAGCGUCCGGCUUCCCACAUUAAUCGAGUGCAACAUGCUCCCAGAUGAUCGAUCUGAGAUCCCGACACCGGAGGUCGCAGAACACCACACUCACCUCAAGCAUUUAGCAGACAAGAUUCCAGAUUUGGACCCAAAUGCUUCAAUACUGGUCCUCCUCGGUCGGGACAUACCGAGAGUGCACAAGGUCAGAGAACACUACAACGGCCCUCACGAUGCUCCGUACGCCCAGCGCCUCGACCUUGGCUGGGUCAUAAUUGGUGAGGUUUGCCUUGGGGGUGCUCACGUGCCAAGCAAAGUCAGUGUUUACCGCACUACAGUGUUGUACAAUGGACGCACAUCUCUCUUGGACUCUUGCCCCAACUCAUUCCAUGUCAAAGAAAAAGUUAUGAGCUCCAACUCCCCAUUUAACUCUUUGAACAUGACCAGCUUGAUUGACACAGAUGAAAACGAUUGUCUCACAAACAAAUUGUUCAUGAGAACCCCUCAUGAUGACAAACCCGCCAUGUCAGUAGAGGAUGAACUCUUCCUGGAGAUCAUGGAUGAGCAAAUGUUUAUGGACGAGUCCAACAGUUGGGUGGCGCCACUACCCUUUAAAACAAACAGGCCCAGGCUACCCAACAACCGAGACCAAGCGGUCAAACGUCUCAAUUCGCUGCGGCGCGUACUUGACAAAAAGCCCCUCAUGAAAGAACAUUUUUUGGACUUUAUGCAGAAAAUGUUUGAGUCAGGACAUGCGGAACCCGUCCCACCACUCGACAAGGACCAGGAGUGUUGGUACCUACCAUUCUUUGGUGUCUAUCAUCCUCGCAAACCUAACCAGAUACGUGUAGUGUUUGACUCUAGUGCCACUCAUAAAGACACGUCUCUGAACAAUGUUUUGUUGAGCGGCCCGGACAUGAACAACUCACUUAUUGGUGUCCUCUUGCGUUUCCGCAAAGAACCUGUGGCAAUCACUGCGGACAUUGAGCAAAUGUUCUAUUGUUUUGUCAUUCGUGAGGACCACCGCGACUUUGUGCGUUUCCUGUGGUAUGAAGGUAACGAUCCCACAAAGGUCAUCAGAGAGUACAGGAUGACUGUACACGUGUUUGGAAAUAGCCCGUCUCCCGCCAUAGCAAUUUAUGGCCUCCGGAGGGCGGCUCUGGCUACACAAGAGGAGUACAGUGAAGAGGCCAGACAGUUUGUUCUUAAAAACUUUUACGUUGAUGACGGACUGGCUUCCUUUCCUUCAGACGCCAGUGCCAUUCAAACCCUGAAAAGCACCAAAGAAAUGCUUGCAGACUCUAACAUUCGCUUGCACAAAAUAGCCUCCAAUAGCCCAGAUGUUAUGGAAGCGUUUCCAUCGGAAGAACGUGCAAAGGGACUGAAGAACCUUGACCUUGGUGCUGAGCCCCUGCCAUUACAGAGAAGUUUAGGGCUGAACUGGGAUUUGCAAAAUGACUGUUUCACCUUCCUCGUGUCAAGAGAAGACAAGCCAUUCACAAGAAGGGGUAUUCUUUCUGCUGUUAACAGUUUUUAUGAUCCCCUUGGGUUUGCUGCCCCCAUCAUCAUGCAAGGCAAGGCUCUCAUCCGAGAAUUGUGCUCAGAGAACUGUGAAUGGGACACUCCAUUACCAGCAGAAAAAGAGGCACGAUGGAAAUCUUGGAAAAACUCGCUUGUUGACCUUGAGAAACUACAAAUCCCUAGACAGUAUGUGAACACGACAUUGCAAGCUACCUGUCAAAAAGAGCUGUGUGUGUUUGCAGACGCUUCUACAUCAGCCAUAUCAGCAGUUGCUUACCUGCGAGCCAUAGACACCGAAGGUCAUGUCCACAUAGGCUUCUGUAUGGGCAAGUCCAAAUUAGCUCCUAGACAAGUCCACACAGUACCUCGCUUGGAGCUAUGUGCUGCAGUUCUGGCAGUGGAGCUGGCAGACAUGUUACUGGAUGAACUUGACUUCGAAAUUCACAAAGUGAAAUACUACACUGAUAGCCGAGUAGUCUUAGGUUACAUCCACAACACCAGCCGGAGGUUUUACGUCUACGUCGCCAACCGUGUUGCUCGCAUCAGAAAGUCAUCUGAACCCAGUCAGUGGCACUUUGUAAGCACGGAAAGCAAUCCUGCUGAUCAUGGAACACGGUAUGUGCCAGCUUCACUACUGAGUUCUACCAAUUGGUUUACUGGUCCCGACUUCUUGAGGAGAAGUGAUGGAGAGUGUCCUGCGGAAUUAAACAGCUUUCAACUUGUUGAACCAGCCACAGACUCUGAAGUCCGCCCACAAGUCUCAACAUUUGCAACCACGACUGUGACAAAAUCGCUUGGCUCACACAGGUUUGAGCGCUUCUCCAGUUGGAAACGUCUUACCCAAGCUAUCGCCAAACUCAUUGGAAAGGCGAGAUCUAUUUCAAAAGCUCCCGAGUCAGAGGAAUCUAAGAUGGAUGCUCUAACACAAGCAAAGUUAGCUAUUGUGCAAACUGUUCAAGGCGAGAUAUUUGAAAAGGAAAUAAAAACUUUGAACAAAGGGGAGGUCAUAUCAAAACACAGUCCACUGAAGAAUCUGAAUGUGUUUUUGGAUAAAGAAGGACUGGUGCGAGUAGGAGGACGUGUGACCUCUGCUGAAAUAACUCAAGAACAAAGUCAACCCAUUGUCAUUCCUAAGAAGCAUCACAUUGCUACCUUGCUUGUCCAGUUCUAUCACGAACAGGUUGUGCACCAAGGUAGACACAUCACAGAAGGAGCCAUCAGGUCUGCUGGACUGUGGAUCCUUGGAGGAAAAAGGUUGGUGACAAAUCUUAUCACCAAAUGCACAACCUGCCGCAGGUUAAGGGGCAAAGUACAACAACAAAAGAUGGCAGAAAUUCCAGCCGAUCGUCUCAUCCAAACUCCUCCUUUCACAAAUGUCGGAGUGGAUGUGUUUGGACCAUGGAACAUCUGUACUCGCAGGACAAGAGGUGGAGUGUCAGAGAACAAACGCUGGGCAGUAAUGUUUACCUGUUUAGUUACUCGUGCAGUUCACAUCGAGGUAGUUGAGUCUCUCUCAACUUCAAGUUUUAUAAAUGCUCUCAGAAGGUUCCAGGCCAUAAGAGGCCCCACCAAGUUCUUUAGAUCAGAUUGUGGAACGAACUUCGUUGGAGCGUGCAAAGAGCUCCAGAUAAGUUCAGAAGAUCCUGAGCUUCAAUCCUACCUCAAAAAUGAGUCAUGCUCUUGGAAGUUUAACCCACCUCACUCCUCUCACAUGGGAGGAGUGUGGGAAAGAAUGAUUGGAGUGGCCCGACGUAUUCUGGAGGCUAUGUUGCUGAAAGUUCACUCUCCAAAUCUGACUCACGAAGUACUUGUGACGCUCAUGGCAGAGGUAACAGCCAUAAUGAAUGGUCGUCCAUUAGUACCUGUGUCUUCCGAUCCUCAACAACCCGACUUGCUGACGCCAGGGGCCCUUCUUACACAGAAAAUCUGUCCCGUCUCUAUUCCACCUGGAGACUUCGAUCCUAAAGACUUGUACCGUAAGCAAUGGAAACAGGUGCAAAGUCUUGCCAACUCAUUCUGGAAACGAUGGCGAGAAGAAUAUCUAGCAACGCUUCAACCAAGAAGAAAAUGGCAAGCAGAUCAUACAAACUUAACCAUCGGUGAUGUUGUUCUCCUAAAGGACACUCAGGUUAAAAGAAACGAAUGGCCUACUGGACUUAUUGUGAACACUUACCCUGGUCGAGAUAAGAGAGUACGGAAAGUAGAUGUACGAAUAAUUAAAGAAGGUACUGCUAAGGUGUACACAAGACCUAUUUCAGAAAUUGUGUUGUUAGUUAAAGGUUAAUAGUGUUAUAGCAGUAUACCAGGCGGGGAGUGUGCUGCCCCCUUGUGGGAAGAGUUGUUUGUGUUUUGAGUUUCGUGCAUUUUGUCCACGUAUAGAUUCCGUAGUUCAGUGAUUCUCCUAACAGUCUCACAGCAAGUCGAUCUCCAGUGUGUUAAAGUCUGUAAAUCAUUAUUUUGGUUCCCAAAAAGAUCUGUCUGUAAGUAUUUAUUUGAUAGUGAUUUUAGCUUCCUUUAGAUAUUGAAUUUAGUAAUUUUAACAUGUUUUCAUUUCAUAAUUCGUAAGGAAUAUUUGGCGCUAGUAUUGUUAGCUUUCCUUUGGCAUUUUCCAUGUAUAUUGGUUUCAUGGUAAUCGCUCACUAAUGCAAUAGUUUUUGUGAGAGUUUUAGUCAUUCUAAGUUACUUAUUUUAUAUUUGUAUUGUACAUUCACAUCAUUGAGAUUGUAAUAUGCAUUUUCAUUGUUUUUGUAUGUUACAGUUUUACAGUCCUUCCAGUAAACACACCAACUGAACAAGAAGCUUCCUGGUUCUUUAUUGGAGAUUGUUAGCUAUCUGUAAAGCUAGUUCACACACACUAGUGAAGGCAGAAUAUAU